GGUUUCACGACUGCACGACGGUUUUAAAUAAAAUCAUCACCGCUGUCUGAAGCAGACGCUCUUUUAGGAAAAGGGCGUGGUGGGUUUUUGUUCCUGAUUUCUGUGAUUUUAGUGUAAACUCCUGUGCGAAAUGGGUUUUAAAGUAUUAUUAGUAGCUGCGCUCCUCGUUGGUUGUGCGACGGCGCAAAAUUAUCGCAUCUGUAUACCAACGACCAGCACUCAAGUCUGCCGAAAUUUAGACAACAUCGGUAGUCAAGUGAUUUGUGAAACAGUAGAAACCAAGGUAGACUGUGCCAUAAAAUUAGCGCGAGGAGCUGCUGAUAUCGGUAUUUUCUCCGAGGAGGAAAUAGUGCUGCUCGCCCACCAGCAGCCCACAGACCACCGGGUGGUGGCUUCCAUCAGAGAUGUAUCUAGAACAGAGCCCUUCGCCUUUGAAGCGGUAGCGGUAGUACCUUUCAACCACACUGGUGGUCUUGAUGGGCUUCGUGGUGGCAAAUACUGCCACCCCGGCUUCGACCAGAACGAACAACGCUGGUCACCACGUGUCUUGAAGGCUUUUGAGUUGGCGGUCGCACGCACUGACCGUUGCCCAUAUACUAACACAGAUAGAAAGACAGCUGAAGAGUUGGAAGUGGAUACUUUGAGCCGGUUCUUCACCAGCGCCUGUCGCCCUGGACCCUGGAGCGCAAACAGCACAGUCGAUAAUGACCUUAAAAAUCGCUAUCCAAGUCUCUGCUCGCUCUGCGGUGAGAACGCCAACUGCUCCAGAUAUACCUUGGACAUGGGAGUCGCGGUGGCCGGCAUCCAGAACACCAACAGGCACGUCCAAGCGCUGGAGUGUCUCCGAAGCAACAACAACGGUACAGUCGCCUACGUCGCUUGGCAACACGUUCGAGAAUUUUUUACUAUUCGCAAUCCCCAAGACGCGACGUCAUUCGCUCUGCUCUGCGAGGACGGUUCUCUGAGAGUGCUCACCACAGAGGUUUUGUCUUCCGCAACAGCGCCUUGUUCCUUCGUCAAACAGCCCUGGAGUACCAUAGUGGCUUCCACUUCAAAUGCAGCAGCAGUCCAGGCCAAUAUGCGGGACUGGUGGCCGAACGGAGCUAGCCCUGGAGGCAACACCUGGCAGUCGGUUCUGUUCAGUGCAGUCAUUGGUGGUGCAAAUGCGCGUGUUACAUUUGAAGAUGGACUACCCACGCCUCAGAACUACACCUCAAACGUUCGCAACUUCACAACCAUCACCGCGGCUUCCUCGUGCAUCCCAGCUCGUCGCUGGUGUACAAUCUCCGCUCAGGAGCACAACAAGUGCACUUGGAUCCGUAGCGCUGCGUACACUCUGGGCAUCGAACCGGCAAUAUCCUGUCAACAGAGAAACAACAUCUUCGAAUGUUUAGCCGAUAUCAGAGAUAAUACAGCUGACUUCACCGUUACUCCCUCUAAUUAUGGAUAUUUGGCUAGACAACACUACAGGCUGUCAUCAGUAAAGCUGGUCCAGAACUCCCGCAGCAACCCGUUGGCGUUCACUCGCAUCGCCGCCUUGCUCCGCGAGAGCAGCACGCAAUCCAUCACACGGUUCGAAAACUUACGUGGAAAGAAGGCUUGCUUCCCUGAGUUCGGAGGAAUCUCAUACGUCGCGUUCGUGCGAGCCGCCCACGAGCGGUCCAUCAUCAGCAGCUCCGAGUGUGACUACGGACGUGCCGUUGGGGAAUUCUUCGACAGCGCGUGCGCACCUGGAGCCAUCGACAACUCCCACGCACUUACUGAGAGCACCUACAAUGCGACCAAUUUAUGCAGCCUUUGCAGGUCUUCAAUAACAGUUGCCGGUAGCGAUUACACUUGUGCUUUUGACGAAACAAAUAUGUAUUACGGCACCAAUGGCACGAUAUUGUGCCUCGCUGAUCCGAAGUCAGACAUCGCUUUUGUGGAGCUGCAGAAUAUCGAUUCUCAUCUGCGUACAGCUGGAUUGCAACCAACGGAUGUCAGAAUGCUCUGUCGGAACAACACGCUUGCGGCUACCACUGGAGUGUCUGCUGACCAGAACUGCCUCCUUGCCUUCGUAGUUGACUCCGAGGUGCUCGCUAGACGAAACGACCCUCUAUUAAACAGUCUCAAUGCGAUGCUAGACACUCUAGACAAAUACUUCGGGUACAGUGCUGCUAAUGGCGCUCAAUUAAUCAACCUGGAAAUGUACUCUCCAUUCGACGGGAUCAACGACCUGCUAUUCAAAGAUACAGCCAUAGGCCUAUCAGAGCCAUCUAGUGAAGCAACAAGUGAACCAAUAAGGAAUUAUAAUGAACUGUUCCAGCACCUGGAAUCUUGUACAGGGUCAGCUGCCCCCAUGCCAGGGCUUGCGACGAAAAAUUUCAUGUCUUUCGUAACCCUGAUCGUGACAUCCCUUAUCGCACGUUUACUUAUGUUCUAAAUAUAAGCGUUUCGAAAGUGCUUAAUGCCUUGAAAAAAUAAAUUUACAGAUAAAAUUAAGACUUACUUAAUAAACAUUUUUUUAGUUA